ACAGUAAUUAGGCGAAGAGAGAGACUCAGGCGAUUUGUUCUUGGGUAUUCCCAUUUCAUACUUUAGCAGAGGUGACUUGCUGGGUGUCCAGUUGUAGAGAGGAAGGUAGUAGAUUUGAGUAACUUUCCGAAGGUGGAACAUACAAGGAAACCAAAGGCAAAUUAUUUAGAACCCAUAUACUGUCUCCUGAUUUCAAAGAGAUCAAAAGGGCCUGUGCUACUUUAUGGACUUUCCGUGGGUUGCUACGCCACAGACAUGGUGAUGCACUAUGCUUGACAAAUGAUUGCUUUCUGAAAGAAUUGCAGAGGCAACUUGCAUAGGAAACUUGGAUUGUUACCAUCCCAGAAGAACAGAAAAGGAAAGAGCAUGAAGAGAUACAGAGACAUCUCAAUCACCCAGUGUGAUCCACAACCUGAAAACUCAAUGGAGGGCAAGACCUUGGUCCUUGAAGCAGAAGAAACAUCUGAUAAAUUGGAACCCCACAUCAGCCACUCACCUUCACCUUUACAACCUCAUCCUGCACUGCAAAAGCCUCAAAAGGAUGCCUCUGAGAUGUGUUUGCAAGGCCUGGCACAUCUUAACAAGGAAGGAGAGAAUUUAUCCAACUCAGAUGAUGUCUGCUUUGUUUCCUCUUGGAACAUGCCCAUUCUUAUUGAAGACGACAUCUCAAUCACCCAGUGUGAUCCACAACCUGAAAACUCAGUGGAGGGCAAGACCUUGGUCCUUGAAGCAGAAGAAACAUCUGAUAAAUUGGAACCCCACAUCAGCCACUCACCUUCACCUUUACAACCUCAUCCUGCACUGCAAAAGCCUCAAAAGGAUGCCUCUGAGAUGUGUUUGCAAGGCCUGGCACAUCUUAACAAGGAAGGAGAGAAUUCAUCCAACUCAGAUGAUGUCUGCUUUGUUUCCUCUUGGAACAUGCCCAUUCUUAUUGAAGACGACAUCUCAAUCACCCAGUGUGAUCCACAACCUGAAAACUCAGUGGAGGGCAAGACCUUGGUCCUUGAAGCAGAAGAAACAUCUGAUAAAUUGGAACCCCACAUCAGCCACUCACCUUCACCUUUACAACCUCAUCCUGCACUGCAAAAGCCUCAAAAGGAUGCCUCUGAGAUGUGUUUGCAAGGCCUGGCACAUCUUAACAAGGAAGGAGAGAAUUCAUCCAACUCAGAUGAUGUCUGCUUUGUUUCCUCUUGGAACAUGCCCAUUCUUAUUGAAGACGACAUCUCAAUCACCCAGUGUGAUCCACAACCUGAAAACUCAGUGGAGGGCAAGACCUUGGUCCUUGAAGCAGAAGAAACAUCUGAUAAAUUGGAACCCCACAUCAGCCACUCACCUUCACCUUUACAACCUCAUCCUGCACUGCAAAAGCCUCAAAAGGAUGCCUCUGAGAUGUGUUUGCAAGGCCUGGUACAUCUUAACAAGGAAGGAGAGAAUUCAUCCAACUCAGAUGAUGUCUGCUUUGUUUCCUCUUGGAACGAGUCCAUUCUUAUUGAAGACGAAAGCUCAACCCUACACCAGUGUGAUGCACAACCUGCGUACUCUUUGGAGGAAAAGACCCUGGCCAAGAAGUCCGAUGAAACAUCUGAUGAAAUGGAUUGCCACCUCGGCCACUCAGAUUCACAUGUGUCCCCUAUUUCUGAAAUAUCUAAGGCGCUGGAGAAUGCUUCUGAGUCAUGUGCGACAUUCUCAUCCCAUCCUAAGUCAGAAGAAUAUUUCUCCAACUCUGAUGUUGACUGCUUUGUUUCUUCUCUGAGUGAUUCCAUUGCUGUGGAAACAAAAGACAUCUCAAUCACCCAGUGUGAUCCACAACCUGAAAACUCAAUGGAGGGCAAGACCUUGGUCCUUGAAGCAGAAGAAACAUCUGAUAAAUUGGAACCCCACAUCAGCCACUCACCUUCACCUUUACAACCUCAUCCUGCACUGCAAAAGCCUCAAAAGGAUGCCUCUGAGAUGUGUUUGCAAGGCCUGGCACAUCUUAACAAGGAAGGAGAGAAUUCAUCCAACUCAGAUGAUGUCUGCUUUGUUUCCUCUUGGAACAUGCCCAUUCUUAUUGAAGACGAAAGCUCAACCCUACACCAGUGUGAUGCACAACCUGCGUACUCUUUGGAGGAAAAGACCCUGGCCAAGAAGUCCGAUGAAACAUCUGAUGAAAUGGAUUGCCACCUCGGCCACUCAGAUUCACAUGUAUCCCCUAUUUCUGAAAUAUCUAAGGCGCUGGAGAAUGCUUCUGAGUCAUGUGCGACAUUCUCAUCCCAUCCUAAGUCAGAAGAAUAUUUCUCCAACUCUGAUGUUGACUGCUUUGUUUCUUCUCUGAGUGAUUCCAUUGCUGUGGAAACAAAAGACAUCUCAAUCACCCAGUGUGAUCCACAACCUGAAAACUCAAUGGAGGGCAAGACCUUGGUCCUUGAAGCAGAAGAAACAUCUGAUAAAUUGGAACCCCACAUCAGCCACUCACCUUCACCUUUACAACCUCAUCCUGCACUGCAAAAGCCUCAAAAGGAUGCCUCUGAGAUGUGUUUGCAAGGCCUGGCACAUCUUAACAAGGAAGGAGAGAAUUCAUCCAACUCAGAUGAUGUCUGCUUUGUUUCCUCUUGGAACGAGUCCAUUCUUAUUGAAGACGACAUCUCAAUCACCCAGUGUGAUCCACAACCUGAAAACUCAGUGGAGGGCAAGACCUUGGUCCUUGAAGCAGAAGAAACAUCUGAUAAAUUGGAACCCCACAUCAGCCACUCACCUUCACCUUUACAACCUCAUCCUGCACUGCAAAAGCCUCAAAAGGAUGCCUCUGAGAUGUGUUUGCAAGGCCUGGCACAUCUUAACAAGGAAGGAGAGAAUUCAUCCAACUCAGAUGAUGUCUGCUUUGUUUCCUCUUGGAACGAGUCCAUUCUUAUUGAAGACGACAUCUCAAUCACCCAGUGUGAUCCACAACCUGAAAACUCAGUGGAGGGCAAGACCUUGGUCCUUGAAGCAGAAGAAACAUCUGAUAAAUUGGAACCCCACAUCAGCCACUCACCUUCACCUUUACAACCUCAUCCUGCACUGCAAAAGCCUCAAAAGGAUGCCUCUGAGAUGUGUUUGCAAGGCCUGGCACAUCUUAACAAGGAAGGAGAGAAUUCAUCCAACUCAGAUGAUGUCUGCUUUGUUUCCUCUUGGAACAUGCCCAUUCUUAUUGAAGACGAAAGCUCAACCCUACACCAGUGUGAUGCACAACCUGCGUACUCUUUGGAGGAAAAGACCCUGGCCAAGAAGUCCGAUGAAACAUCUGAUGAAAUGGAUUGCCACCUCGGCCACUCAGAUUCACAUGUAUCCCCUAUUUCUGAAAUAUCUAAGGCGCUGGAGAAUGCUUCUGAGUCAUGUGCGACAUUCUCAUCCCAUCCUAAGUCAGAAGAAUAUUUCUCCAACUCUGAUGUUGACUGCUUUGUUUCUUCUCUGAGUGAUUCCAUUGCUGUGGAAACAAAAGAAAUCUGCAAAUCAAAAAAAGAGGCCCUGUGUAUCCAGUCUAGGAAGAUACCUCUACUCCAGGAUCUGAAGCAACAUCAGACUCCCUACCCGACCCAGUGCCGCUGCUUUAAUUUCCAUUUGGCUCAUGAGCCCUGCACACCAGAAACACAUAUGAGGAAGGAGAGGCUCAUGAAAGUCUAUUACACGAGAGUCCAGAGGAAAAGAAAUGCCAGCGUUGUCUGCUACACUCAAGAUGAACUUGUGCCUCCCGGAAAGAGAUCAGAAAUUGAAGAUGUAGCUUUUCCUGUCAAGAUUCGUGCAGAUCCCAGCUUUUGCUAUCAGUCUUCAGAGUAUCUUGUAACUGAUGACUCCACGUACAGUGUGGAAGACAAAGAACAGGAUCAGGAGGCUUCCAGCUGCCAGGCAGUGUUGUCAGCUGCAGAAGAGAAUUUGCAGGCGAGGGCCAGCACACCUGAGUGGCUGGUGACCCCAGAGAGAGGAUUCAAGUGCAUGGCCUGCUGCCAAGUCUUCUCCAGCCUGGGGGACCUUGUAGACCAUGUGAAGCAUGGGGUCAAGGGGGACUUUAGUUGCCAGGUUUUCCAUCUUGCCUUCACCUGGCUCGAAAGCAAGAGGCACAUGAUGGAGAAGAGGAACAAAAGAAAGAAGUCCACCAGGAAGACAUCUGGAUACAAGGAGAAAUAGCUAGAUAGGCAGAAAUCCCCACACUAGUAAUCUAGUCCCUUACCAGCCCCCAUUAGCGAGCAGCCACGCCCUCCUGAGACAGCCUAUCAGCACUAAGAAGCCCUAGUCCCCCUGUUAUCUCCACACUCCCACCAACAGUUAUCAGAAGACUCCUUAGAAUGGGAUCCAUUCCUCUCCACAGGUAAAAGAGAGCCAAUUUUUUGAGGAGUAUGAAUGGAAAGAGACAAGUAAGAAACCCCAAUUACUCCAAGACCCGUAUUGAGUAGAUGACUUUGCUCAAUCCUCUGGGAAAAAUUUUCCACGGUAUUCACUAGGAACCCUUAAGUGCAGACUUUUUCCUUAAAUAUAAGCAACUACAUAAGAGGGACACAGGGCUUUUCUCUCCUGUCCUGGAUCAUGGCUGGUUGUUUUUAUUUAUGAGUUGCCUUCUAGAGGACUCUCAUGACCACU